GGGUCCUACGGGCACAGCUGAAGGUCUGGAUUUUAGUUAUUUUGUGGAAGCAGGAAGCAUGGAAGGCUUUAAGUGACCGAUCUGAUACAGGUUUUAAAAAGAUUCCUCUGGUUCUGUGAUGGGAAGGAGCCAAGAACAAGAGAGGGGGCUACCGCAGAAGGCGAGACAGGAGCUGGCAGGGGACUGGACUGGUGUUGGCUGCGGGCUGACUGAUGAUAAGCACGCCAUUAGAUAACCUUCACUGGAGGCAGGACUGGAACAGCAGGCCUCAGAGAAGUCAGCCAAAUCAGAGCGCCGGGACCAGGGCCAGAGGAAAAACUCGACCAAGCCGUCGAGAGAAAUAUGACUUUAAUGCAAUAUUGCUCAAAAACCCAAUUGAAAAUGGACAAGAAAAAUGCCCACGAUGGACACAAUAUCCACUGAUAGCAAAAAGAUGGCACGAGGAACACUGCUGACCCUACAACGUGAGCAAGACAAGACCAGCAAGGGCCCCGAGACGGCUGUGGGUGCGGAGUGAAGACACGCCGUCAGCAGGCACGCACAUUAGGGCAGAGCCCACUGAGGUCGGAGAUGGAGGACAGGGGAGCAGGGGGGGUCUCCUGCGUGUCCUGACCACCUCCUGCAGAUUGAAUCCCUCCAGGGCACAGAGUUUCACAGCCCAACAACCGACUCCUUGGACAGUUCCGAAAAGCAACGCCUGCCUGUUCCUGUUCUGAAAGAUCUCAAGACCAGCUUCCCACGCCAGGACGGGCUCCAGAACACGGUGCCGUGAGAGCACCAGGGAACCUGCGGCCCGCGCCGCGGGCGUGUCCGAAGGUCCAGAUUUAUGGAAUUCCUGAAGAGCCCCUUGCGCCUGACAAAGCCCGGGGGGAGCCGGGAACGCAGGAUGCCCGACUGUCAAGAGGGGUUAUGUGCAGAAAGAUGGCAGCACCAAGAAGGAAAGAGAGGUCAGCCUGCCGGCGCCCCGCCUGCUUGUUGCUUAACCUGCUUCCCAGGGCCAAUCGCUUAAAAUCCCCCCUCACCCCGGUCUUUGAACCUUGUCCAGCCUAAUGGCUCUUUGAUCUCUAAAGCAUGAAGGGGAGCGGUGGAUGCUGAAGGAUAUGAAUGGCUUUGAAAGGUCAGUGAGGAAAGGAAGGAAGGAGGGAGCCAUGAAAGCUGGCCACGCCCGCAGCCACCUGCCAAGGCCAGUGCAGACUCCACCGCCCCUCACUGGCAAGUGAGCGUGCCGCCUGCCUAUCACUGCCUGCCUGGCCCGUUUGUUUCCUGGUCAGUGUUACCUUGACUGCAGUGCGUACCCUCUGCCGGCACUACAGACCUAUCUCUUAGCUUGGCCCCUGGGAUACAAGCUUUCCACUCACUCCCCAGCUCUUUCCUCCCUUAUCAAACGCUGGUCACUUCCCAGGGCCUUUGGUGAUGUUUUCUUGCUCCAUUUUCUGCACAUGAAACCCACCAACCCCCUCCCCCAACCAACAGCUGGACUGUGUGUGGACCUGUGUGUGGAAGGCAACCACGUGGCCCCUGCACCCCGAGCAUCCUCAGCAGAGUGCAGAGGGGGAAUGGUGCCUUUUGGACUGGUUCACCAGGGAUCAAAGAGAGGCAGCAAGUGCCAAAAAACCUCUAAAAAUAGCCAAAGCCCUUAAAAAGAAAGAAUGUUAAAAAAAAAAAAGUUUUAAACAGUCCCAAUGCAGGCCAUGCAAAUAUUGGGUCCCAGAAGGCUGACGCUGGGACUAGCGACUGCUUUCUACCUGCCCCCUCGACUGUGACACCCACUGGGGCCCUUGGCAAACCCUGGCCCUGCCCUGUCGCCUACCCCCUGCAGGGUACUGGAUGCCUCUGCAGGAUGUAGCGCUCUCUACAUGGCAGGGCCCCUACGGCCUCCUGUCCAGAUCCAGACCAGAUUCUGAGAUGUGGAGUGAGCUCCAUGGGGUUUACAUUCCUCUGCAGUAUCCAGGCGCCUUAAAACACAAAACCCUGUUCGGGGAAUGCGGACUAUUCUUCCAGAGACGCCUGGAUAUCAUCUGUCUGGCAAAAAUUGCCGAGCGCCCCGCCGCCAUGGCUGAGGGGGAGGUCACCACCUUCACAGCCCUGACCGAGAAGUUCAACCUGCCUGCAGGGAACUACAAGUUGCCCAAACUCCUCUACUGCAGCAACGGGGGCCACUUCCUGAGGAUCCUGCCGGACGGCACUGUGGACGGCACAAGGGACAGGAGCGACCAGCACAUUCAGCUGCAGCUGAGUGCGGAAAGCGUGGGGGAGGUGUAUAUAAAGAGUACGGAGACCGGCCAGUACUUGGCCAUGGACACCGACGGCCUUUUAUACGGCUCGCAAACGCCCAGUGAGGAGUGUUUGUUCCUGGAACGGCUGGAGGAGAACCACUACAACACCUACACGUCCAAGAAGCACGCCGAGAAGAACUGGUUCGUGGGGCUGAAGAAAAACGGGAGCUGCAAGCGCGGUCCUCGGACUCACUACGGCCAGAAAGCCAUCUUGUUCCUCCCCCUGCCGGUCUCCUCCGACUAAAGACCUCUGUCCCGGGUGCUGCCCACUCCAGAGGAGCCUCGCGGGGUCCUCACCUGGUUGACCCCAAAAUGUUCCCUUGACCUUUGGCUGCACUGACCCCAGCCCACAGAGCCCAAGUUUGUAAGCAACGCGCUUCUACGUGCCUGGUCCCCUUCUCGGCAGAGCCCUUUCCCCCAGCACGGUUUGGAACAGAGGGAUCGAAUAGCUUCUAGGGGGCCAAGUGGCUGGCCAGUCUGGGGUUGAGUUGGGAUGGGCAGCUGGGUGCCCUGGGCACCUGCUGUGGGCAGAGGUGGGGCCAAGUGAAGGGGGUUAAGGUGCCCGCCAACUGGGUUAUUACUAACACCUACCAUUUCCCUCUGAUAAGCCAGCCCUGUGAGGCUCCCAAACAUCUGGCAUGACCCCCAAUAUCUGGCAUGACUCCCUUUCAUCUUGUAGUACCCCAAUAAUAUGAGCAGAGGAACUGAAGCCAGGUCAGAGAGAAGCAGUGUUCCACGAGUACACACAAGAACAGGGGGACUGGCACUGGAAGGGGGACAGUGCACCUUGGUGGGCAACUGAGAAAGAUGGGAUGUGGAGUAAAUGACAGAGGGGAGGCUUGGCCACCGGCAGCCAGGACAAAUCCCUGGCCUUGAUCUUCCCAAGGUCAUUCAGCAGCGGGAAGCCCCGAGGUGAUGUCAGGUGGGAGCAGGACAGAUUGUUCCGGAUAAAAGCAAGGACAUCAGAUGUUGGGAAACUCAGCCAGUCUGGGAGCGCACGUGGGAGUGAUGAGAAAGAAGGGAAAUGCCGGCUGAGGGUUCGCUAGCCUCUAAAGAGGACGGCUUUGUAAGGGAGGAAUAGGACAGAGAGGCCAUGGGUUGUGCUCAGCCAGCAGGAAGCAGAGGCUCUGGGGUCCUGGUGCACGGCUGCUCCAGCACCCAGGAGCUGUCUCCUCCUUGGGAGCCCUGGCGGCAUGCAGAUGCUGACUCAGUGGGGCUGGGUAGGGUUGCUACGUUUCCACUGGGCUCCUGUGCUGGGGCUGCAGCCACCUCCCCCAACACACGUCAAGGAGCAGGGGUUGAAAGCAUGGUAUUCCGAGAUGGCUCAAACCCCUGAUCCUCUCCUCGCCCUUAAAAUCACCCUCCCCACCACGAGUCUCCCUGGGCAGGCAGGAGGCACGGACGGAAGACGCAGAUGUGCUAGGUUCAGUUUUAAGGCGCUUUGGCCCAGGGCCUGUGAAAUGCCCAUUCAGGAGACAUACAAAAGGAUGCUUCAAAAAUGUUAAACCCUCACAAACAGCUUUCCCCAAGAGCCCAUUUGUGUUACCAUUACUUGUAUAAAUACGCUUCCUGCUUAAAGUAAACUUGACCCAAGUGGCUAGCAAAUUAGAAACACCAUUCAUCUCUGACAUACGAUACUGAGGCCACGGAAAGGCCUUUAAUAAGCCAUUUACAUUUACUGUGAGGCUCUGUUUUAAUCACAUUUUUAAAUAUAUAGCUUGAAGGCAGUUACACUGAUGAGCAUUCAGCCACUGAGAAUGAUAAUAAUAGGAUAUGAAGCAUAAGCUACUCAAUUACCUAAUGCUUAGACUCCAUUUACCUAUAAAAUGAGAUUUUUCUGCUUUGCACAGUGCUAUCACAAGGUUUCCUUUGGAAAUGGGUUCUCUUCAGCAAUGAUAUGAUAGCGGUGAACGAAAACUGAUGAGAACGCUAGCUCAUGUUUCACAAGGACCUGAAGCAUCAUGAAUUGGAAAAGAAUUCCUUAGUGACUAAACUGUCCUUUUGCAAAUGGAAGGAAAAAGUGACACUCUGUGAGUACCACCGAGUAAGGGGACAACGUGCUCAAAGGCAGCGAUCUGCAUAGACAGCAAAAUGCUCUCAGAACCUUUUGUUUCUGGAACUUGGAAGAGAGGAUUCAAUCUUGUUUUAGUACAUCUUUGCAGGCAGGUUACGGAUCAUGCAGUGGGGCUUAACCUCUCUUAGGAUGAAGAUUUGGCCAGUAAAUGGUGUGUGGGGAGGAGAUCUAAGGCAUUUACAUUGGUCCAUAGUUUUUAUUGUAGGAAUCAAAUUCAAGGGUAACGUUGGCCAAGAAGAGUCACAUACCUUCGCUAACCUAUGACACAGCAGUCUGGGACUGCACAGACCCGAAGCACUGCGGUAGACAUACUGUCGUGACCCGGAGGGUCUGAGCCGAGUCAUGGUUUGUGUGUUUGCUCAGUGGCUGUCAAUGCCUACUGCGUGCUGAGCGUUGCACUGGGUCCCAGGGUGCCCGAGGACUUUGUCUUCCUAGUUUGCUCUGGCACCCUCUUCCGGGGUAUAAAGUGGAUUCAUUUCUUUAAGACAAGGAAAAUCACAGACUUUGUAGGUUCUUGCUGAGUAAGCUGCAAGUCCUAGAGGCCCAGCAUUUGCAAGAACGGGCCACCCCCAGUGUUAGAUAAAGCCCUGUGUGAGUAUUAGAGGACACGAUGAGGUGAAUCACAUUUUCACCUUCAGAGCUGUGUCAAGUUCAGGGGCGCUGCUUGGGGAUCAGGAGAAGAACCCAGCAGAAUUCACUACCUGGAGCGGUGGGUAGGCCCCUGCUCGGUUCAGCACAGGACGUUAAGCCCCCUUCCUCAGCUUCCAAGUCUCGCAGCCAGCGGCCAGCCACGUGGCUCGCAGGAGAAUGCGUGUUCAAGGCCCCUGUCACACAGCGCCAGGGCAGGCUUGGAUAGUUUGCGAUGCAGUGGCAGUGGAGGUGGUUGUGUGUUUCCAUGGAAAGGACAGACACAAAAGCCUCUGAUGGCCAAUAGUGUGGACACCUGAGAACUGACUGGAUGUCACUCCGUGCUGCGGGGCUGAGCCGACGUCCUCAGCUGUGCAGAGCGCAGUACCACAAGCAACCGAGCUCCCGGGCUGCAAAGCAGACCCCUGAGGAAGAUGCUGCCCUUCCUCCCACCCCACUGUCUGUGUCACAGCCUGCACCUUACAAGCACUAAUAAAUGUUCCCUGAAUCGUG